GCCACAAGAAAACUUCAUCAAUCCAUACAUAAUGGCAAACACUAUCCUAAUCUCUCUUUCCCUUUUCCUAACCGCUGGAAUUACCAUUUUUACCCUUGGAAAUGCACAAUCUUCCUGCAAUGGCCCAUGCCAAACCCUAAACGACUGCGCCGGCCAAUUAAUCUGCAUUAACGGCAAAUGCACCGACGAUCCCGACGUCGGAACUCACAUCUGUAGCAGCGGCGGCGGCGGCGGCGGCGGCGGAGGGACGUGCAAUCCUUACGGCACGCUUUACUGCAACGGGACACCGUACCCCCAAUACACGUGUUCUCCUCCGGUAACCUCCUCCACGGCGGCGAAGCUCACCUUGAACGACUUCAGCCCCGGCGGCGACGGCGGGGCUCCGUCGGAGUGCGACGGUCAGUACCACAGCAACAGCGAGCGAGUGGUGGCGCUGUCGACGGGGUGGUACGCCGGCGGGUCGAGGUGCGGGAAGCUGAUACGCAUCGUGGCGAGCAGCAACGGGCGGAGCACGACGGCGAAGGUGGUGGACGAGUGCGACUCGAGGUACGGCUGCGACGCGGAGCACGCGGGGCAGCCGCCGUGCAAGAACAACAUCGUCGACGGCUCCGACGCCGUGUGGAAGGCGCUGGGGCUGGAUGAGAACCUUGGGAUUGUGCCCAUUACUUGGUCCAUGGCAUGAUCAUCGUCUACUAUCCUUUUAAUUCAUGUCUAAACUAAUAAAUUAACACCAAUUAAAUUAUUAUAUUAUAUAUAUAUAUAUAGAGAGAAAUGUUAAACAGAGAAUGCUAAAUAUUUAGAGAAUAGAGAAUACGUGAAACAAAAACGAACAGAUCUACAAUUUUUACGAACAAAUCAAUGUACCGCAUGAACAGCAAUUUGCCCCGGGUUCGAAUCCUGCUGGUGGCGAGUUUUUCUAUGUUUUUACUAAAUACGUCUGUUCGUUUGUUAUGUUGAUCUGUUCGUAACAUGUAUAGACUUGUUCAAAGUGAAAUAUAUAAUAAUUCUCUGUUUAA